AUGAACAAGACAGCUGGAUUAUUACAAUGGUGCCAAAGAUCUACUAGUGGUUAUGAAGGUGUUGAUGUAAAAAAUUUUACAACAUCAUGGAAAGAUGGAAAAGCUUUCUGUGCACUUGUCCAUCACUUUAAACCAGAACUUAUUAAUUUUGAAAAAUGUAAAACACAAACCCAGCAAGAAAAUUUAGAAAUGGCUUUUGCUGCUGCUGAAAAAGCUGGUGCUCCAAGAAUGAUGGACGUUGAAGAUUUUGAUAUGGAUGUCCCAGAUAAACUGAGUGUUAUUACAUGUAUUGGUGUAUUACAACAAUACUUAGAUACUACUCCAUCUAUAGAACAACCACAUCCUGUAAAAGAACAAAAAGAAAAAACACAGUACACUCUCUAUUCAUCUGCUACUCAUUCUCCUCCUGUUAAAUCAAAAUCACCAUCUAUUCCAAAAGAAAUUCAAAACCAUUCUGUCCCUCAAAGAAGAUCAACAGUUGCAUCUGUCUCUGAUGCUGCAAAAAAAGCACAAAUCACUCUUUGUUCUUCUUGUGGAAAACCUAUCAUUGGUAGUGUUGCAUUAGAGGUUAAAGGAAAAAAAUAUCAUAAACAAUGUUUCUUCUGUUCUAGAUGCAAAAAUGUAUUAGACGAAAAGUCUUUUGUAUCUAUUGACGAUGCAAAUUAUUGUCUUGUUUGUGGUAAACAAGUCUUUUUUGAAAACAAAAAGAAAAAAGAAGAAGAAAAAAUGAGUAAUGAACAUCCUUCGAAUUCAACUCAUGACCAACCACAAUCAACUCCAAAUAUUAAUCGUCCAAUCUCAUUAUCUACUAGUGAUUUAGAAGUUAAAAAAGAAAAGAAACUUAUUCAGUCUUCUGGUAAUUGGAGGCAGAAGAAUGAAGAGGCAAAGAAAUUACAACAAGAGAAGGAAGAAAAAGAAAGAAAAAUAAAAGAAGAAAAAAUUAAAAAAAUGAUGGCAUUAAGAAAAUCAGCUCAAUCUCAAAGUCCUGAUAUUUCUGUUCUCAACCAAUCAUCUUCUGAUCAUUCUACUUCACCUGUUCCUGAACCUCAAACAACAUCUAAUAAUCUCACUACUCCAUCAAUAAAAAUUCAAAAUGGAUUUAAUGAAGAAGAUAUAGUAAAGAGUAAUGCCAAUGCACCAAAAAUUGGACUAAGAUCAAGUAUUGGAAAAACAACAAUUCUUGACCGUAAAUCCUUUGAAAAUCAAAAUUCAUACAGAAAUUCUCUCACUAAACCAUCAAAUGAUAAUUCACCAUCACCGUCAUCAUCUCCUAAUUUCAUUGACCCAAAUGACGAUGAAUGGGUUUCGGGAAAUACAAUCAAAAGAAGAUCAGAACCACCACACCCUAUUAUUUCAGAUGCUGAAGAUGAAGACAUAGUACCUCGUUCACCUACUGUUAAAAUUGAAUUACCAAAACCAAUAUUAGCAACAUGGCAAUUCUAUGCUGUCUUAUUUACAAUUAUUGGAGUGAUGACAAUUGCAUUUUAUGCUUUCUUUAAGUAA